CUUGUGCCAUUGAUGUUCUUUACCUUUAUAUUUACGACUAAAUAAGGCUGUCGAUUGUGUUAUUUUUGACAAGUGUCAAACCCCACGAGUUUAUGCUUAAUGCAUUUCUUGCUGUCAUUUCUGCCGUAAACCAAACGCGCACUGCAGUAUUCCAGUUUGUGMUGUUUGAAUUGAACAACUAUGAGGAUAUUGUUUAUCAAGAUUUUUACAUUUACUGUGUAUUUUGCAGGGCAGUAUUCAGCAUCUGCUCUUCAAGAUGUAACAACUGACUUGUUCGGGUCUGAAAAUCAUGGUACUGUGGCUGCGUUUGGUGAUUUCAACUCGGAUAAACAGACAGAUAUUUUCAUCAUCAGAGAACAAUCUGAGUUGGUGAUAUUCUUGGCUGAUCUGAAAGCCCCAUACUUCAAGCCAAAAGUCCAUAUCCCUAAAAAGGCUUUGCCCGCCAAUUGUAUCAUAACUGGUGUUGUUCCUGGAGACUACGAUGGAGAUUCUCAGAUGGAUGUGCUUCUUACAGCUCAGCUCAAGACCAAGGCCACCUCAGACACAAUGGUUUUUGUAUUCUGGGGAAACAACCAAACCCUGGAUGGYCAAGUUGACCUUAAUAAGACAUUUGUGGACCAACCUCUGAUAAUGGAGUAG